AGCGAGGCCUGGCUGCUACUCUUGGGACGAGAGUUCCGGCUAGUCCAGGCAGGGGCGGACUCCGGGCUGCUGUCUCUAGCCACCUGUAAGCCAGUCGGCCUCAUGAAGAAGGUCAAGCAACUGUCUGGAAAGACAACAUGAUGUUUUGAAGUAUGAAAGGAGUACUGUUGCUAUACCAGAGGCUAGGAAUAUUAAUGGCCAAAUCUAGUAAUCACAUGGUCUUCUAAAGAAGUCAUGGGUAGCUGUUGUAGCUGUCCUGAUAAAGAAACAGUCCCUGAUAACCAUCGAAACAAAUUCAAGGUUAUUAAUGUGGAUGAUGAUGGUAAUGAAUUGGGUUCUGGUAUAAUGGAACUUACAGAUACAGAAUUAAUCUUGUAUACCCGUAAACGGGAUUCUGUCAAGUGGCAUUAUCUCUGCCUGCGCCGUUAUGGCUAUGAUUCCAAUCUUUUCUCAUUUGAAAGCGGUCGAAGAUGUCAAACUGGACCAGGGAUAUUUGCCUUCAAGUGUGCUCGUGCAGAGGAACUAUUUAAUAUGUUGCAAGAAAUCAUGCAGAAUAAUAGUAUAAAUGUAGUAGAAGAGCCAGUUGUAGAAAGGAAUCUACAUCAAACAGAGAUUGAAGUUCCAAGAACACCUCUCACACCUACCACACCUGGAUUAAGUGGGCAGAAUUUACCUAAUGGGUACCCAAGGUAUCCCUCCUAUGGAGAUGCUUCAUCACAUCCUUCCAGCAGACACCCUUCAGUAGGAAGUGCACGUCUUCCUUCAGUAGGUGAAGAGUCAACACACCCCUUACUUGUAGCGGAGGAGCAAGUCCAUACAUAUGUGAAUACAACGGGUGUACAGGAGGAAAGAAAAAACAAGCCAAAUGUGCGUACACCGCUGGAACAAAAGGUUCCCAAUGCAGAAACAAAUAAGGCAAGAGAAGAGGAGACUUGUUGUGAAUACAGGGAUCCCCAGGUUGUACUGGAACCUGAAGGAGUCAAAUUUGUUUUGGGCCCUACACCUGUCCAGCGACAGUUAAUGGAGAAGGAAAAACUGGAAUCAAGUGGGAACAGCACUCAAAUUAGUGGGAACAGUACUGAAACAAGCGGUAGCAGUACUCAAGCUAGUGGAAAUAGUAACAAUGAAUGGGAUACUGGGUAUGACAGUGAUGAACGCAAAGAGGUUUCUUCCAGUAACAAACUAACAUAUGAAAAUGUAAAUAGAUUGUCUAUCCCUAAUGCUCCAGGGCUCAGGAGAGGUCGUCUAGUGUCAUCCAGUACCUCUGAUACUCAGAACAUCAACAAUUCAGCUCAAAGGAGAACUGCACUGUUAAAUUAUGAAAAUCUUCCAUCCUUGCCUCCAGUUUGGGAAGCUCAUAAGCUAAGUAAAGAGGAGGAUGACAGUUUAGGACCAAAGACACCCUCUUUGAAUGGCUAUCAUAAUAAUUUAGAUCCCAUGCAUAAUUAUGUCAAUACAGAGAAUGUAACAGUACCAUCAAGUGCUCACAAAGUUGAAUAUGCAAGACGUCGGGACUGUACCCCUACGGUCUUUAAUUUUGAUAUUAGGCGACCAAGUUCAGAACACAGGCAACUCAAUUACAUACAAGUUGAUUUGGAAGGUGGCAGUGACUCUGAUAACCCACAGACUCCCAAAACUCCUACUACUCCACUUCCACCAACGCCAACCAGGCGCACCGAGCUAUAUGCUGUGAUAGAUAUUGAAAGAACUGCUGCUAUGUCAAGCUUGCAGAAAGCACUGCCACGAGACGACGGUACUUCUAGAAAAACUAGACAUAACAGUACUGACCUGCCUAUGUGAGCCUGGAAAGGAGUAGUUAAAUCAUUUGCACCUUUGUGAAGAAUUGUUUUAAUUGGAUGAGUGCUGUCUUGAUCUUUGAAUGCUAUCAUGUUUCAUAGAUUAAUAGAUUUAUCUGAAUACAGGUAGUCCCGGGGUUAAGAACACCAGGGUUACAGACGAUCCAUAGUUAAGAACGGAGCCUUUUGUAGCAAAAUUCGAGUUAAAUACACAAUGAAUUGAGUU